GAAACCUUCAUUCAACUUUACUUGUCCUUCUCCUCCGUAGUGUUUUAAACUAUCCCACCCGACUUGAAACUAUCCCACCUUUCCGUUACUACAAUCCAUCACUGAUCAUGACCAACCAGGCGUCGGAGGCCCAGCCACCGGCAUCACCGUUAUCCAAAGCCACUCGGUUUGUCUGCAACGCCCCGGGAUGCCGCAAGAGCUUUACCCGGAAAGAACAUCUGACCCGACAUGCGAAAUCGCACAGCUCACAAUUGCAUUAUCAGUGUCAUAUUUGCGGCCGGAGAUAUGCCAGGAGCGAUGUUUUCAAACGUCAUGUGGAAUUUCACCCCAAAAACACCAUCCCAAGCACCAAGAUCGUCGCCUGCAAUGAAUGCCAUGACAAAAAGCUCAAGUGUGACGAUGGAACACCUUGCCGUCAAUGCGACCGACAUGGGCUGGAAUGUGUACGCAAAGCGCGACCAUCUCUCGAGCCGAGGACACCACCAGAAGAAUCAUCACCAGCCCAUGCCAUUGACACCACUUCGUCCAAUGGAACGUUCAAUUACGGGAGUAAUAAUGUUGACGAACAAUGGCAUGACAUGCAUUUCGAGACACCGGGCCUAAAUGAAGCUGUGCAUCAACCACAGCACUCAUCCUCGGCUCCUCUCACGCCCCGUACAUCACUCUCAAGCGAUGCUUCACAGUUCAACAGCACACCACUCCGGGUACUGCUCCAAAAUAUUGAUGAAGCAACUACUUAUUUUCUCCUAGAGGCCUUCUUCACCGAAGUACAUCAAUAUUGGCCCAUUCUUCAUGUAUCCACCUUCAACAUUGGCACCGUGUCUGAUCUGCUGUUGGGAUCCAUCCUAAUCCUUGGCAGCUGGAUUACUGGGAGAGAGGAAUACAAGACUUUGAUUUCGGCCGUCUAUGAAGAGGCUCUGACAGCUACCCGGGUGAACGUCACCCCUUCUUUACACACGCUUCAAGGACUGGCGUUGUUGGUGGUAUAUAGCAUUUACAACAUUAAUGACGAAAUCGGCAAGGCUGGUGGCCUUACUUCCCUUCUCAUUCGAAAUUGUCGCUGCGUUGGGAUUUUCAAUGGCAGCCAUUCACUUCCCGAAAGGCUUCAAGAUGAUCCGUUUACGUUUUGGUUGGCCAAAGAGCAGCUUCAUCGGCUGGCAUUCACGGUGUUCCGUCUCGACACAUACCAAUCCGUCCUUCUAAACAUUCCCCCCACAGUCCGCUACCAAGAGCUCUACAUCCCCUUCCUCGCCUCACCCUUCAUAUGGGAAGCCACAGACAAUGACGACCUCGAGUAUCGCCUCCAGCAACAGCCAAAACCCGAAGGUGUCAAAUCACCACCACUACUGAGCGGCUUCCACCGUGAGUUCAUGUACUCGCCAACAUCCUAUACACCCAGCAUCCCCCUCUCUCCAAUGGACCACCACCUCACCCUCUGCGCCCUCCAAAAUCCAAUAUGGGAAGCCUCGGCCUUCGCAACAGACAUGGAGAUAUCCCUCCUCAGCAUCCCCAACUCCCCCGUCUUUGCCGCACGCACGCAUCUCGACCGGUGGCGUGCCCGGCUUGAAGCUCAAACCCAACAAGCCUGCCAAUACGAUGUCAUCGAAGAAAUCACCUGGACGUUAUUCCACAUGUCAAAGAUCACCAUGCACGCCCCCUUACCCCUUUUGAGAAUCCACUCUGCCGCCCCCUCAGGCAAACAUCGUGAUGUCGACACGGAGAAGGUUGCCACUAAGCUGGGGAUCUGGAGGGGGAGUCCCUGUCCGAGGAUGGGUGUUAUCUCCUGCGCGGAAGUAUGCCAGUUGCUGAGCCCGAACCCUUUUGAGUUUGAUUCCAAUACCAGGAGGGAUAAACUUAACCCGCUGGCUACGCCGGCCUUGCUGAUGGCUGCCAUUGCGGUGUGCUCGUAUGCUGCCGGUGUUGGGCAGAAGCAGGGGGGUGGUUGUCCGGCGUGUUUACCUGGGCUGGAGCAUGAGCAGGGCGGGUGCGUGGAUAUUUUCGCAGGGAAAUGUCCUCAGUCUCAGGAAAGGGUCAAGGAGUGGGAAGCGACGGGGAGGGGGUGGCCGGUUUGGGGAUCUUCGGGGAUUGUGUUAUGUCGGUGCGGUCUUGAUAGGCUUGGGGAGUGGUUCCAGCAGGAGGCGGUACUGGGGAGGGACGAGACUGCGAGGAGGGAGCUUGUGGCUUUUGUGGAGGGGUUGAAGUGUGGUUUUGAGUGAUGGUUUGGUGUCCAGUGAAUUACCUACUCGCCUAUGGCGAG